UUCAUGCCAGCGGAUGGAAAGGUCUCCUGGCAUCUAGUGUUUGUUCACUCAUUUAUCUAGGCUAAACACGAACCUCACCCAGCAAUCUUAGUAUUCAUUUGUAUAUCAUAAUUCGCGAUUAUAGUUACAUUUCAUUGUUAUGGAAUCUUGUAGCAAAGAUCCUGGGAGCAUGGUAGAAGAUUGUCGAAUGGCAAUUAAAACACAGCACCUAGAAAAAGCAUAUGACGACACCCUGGUACACACGGCGCAGCUUCUUAAUGCUGAGAAAAACCGGCUACUGCGCGUGGAACAACUGCUCCUUCAAUUUGAAAAUGAGAAUUUGCGGUGGCAGUUGAAUCAUGUCAAUCAGGAAUUGACUAAAACUGCAAGGGCGGAAUCUGAGGUCCGUCUUCAGCUCCAAGCAACUUACCACGAGCUUGAUCAGCUACAAAGUGCGCACCGCGCGUCGUCCCAUGAAAUAGAGACACUUCGUCUUGAGCUUGGCUCCCUGACAAAUGCUUCUGUCGAUACGAAGAAGCUCCUCGCAGAAAGAUGCCAUCUCUCAAUGAUACUCUCGAAUGCAGAGGCAGAGGUUGAAAGGCUAAAGUCUCAGAAGGCUUCUCAACAUACACUCCUUGCCGGGAAGCGAAAUCUCGAACAACAGGUGACAACCCUUGAGUCUCAACUCGAAAGCGAAAAAAGUGCCCACGAACAAACACUAGCCAAGCAAUCGCACAAUGCAGAACAAAUCGCAGCGCUUAACUCAAGCCUUGAAGAAGCGCGCAGUGAACUCAUGGCGGAGGCGCGGGCGCGGGAUGGACGUGAGCGUGUCUUUCAACAACAGAGUAUCGAAUGGGCUGCCCAACGAGCGGCCCUCGAUGCCAAGCUUGAUACCUUAAAUAAGAAGCUACGUUCAACAAAGGACCAAUACCAGGCCGCAGCUACGGAACUUAGACGGCAGUAUGGCACCACUACUAAUUACGAGUCUAAAAAAACCUCCAGUGCACAGUCCACUACACAGCACAACUCUGGCCUGACAAUUGCAACCCCUGGAGCUAUUCGUGCCCAAGACAAAAGAAGUAAAACAUCAACAUUGCCCGGCGAGAAGUCGUCAUUUUCGAUCACUCCGUUUCUAAACCGAACAAAUGGGCUUCAAAAUUCAGCUACAAGCUCUGAGGAUGAUACAGAUGAGCUCCACGCAAUCCAUAUGGCCGGUGGAGCAAAUGAGAAGGCCUCUGGAAAUGAUAUUCAAAAAGGCAUUGACCCUAAGUAUCAGGGUCAGAGGGUGUCGGUUGAUGAGAUACCUGUCACCGUGGACACAUUACGUCUAGGUAAUGGUAUCACCAACAGCAGAAAAGGGGGACAACUCCAGAGAAAUUUGGUAGACAAUUCAGAUCAUGAGGGACGAAUGGAAAAUGUCAGCGGUAUAUUUACCCACUCUUCUAAACAUGGGCAACCCAAAUCAAAGAAACGUAAGCUGGGGACCCAACGCGACAUGGGCUUGUUCGACGACGAAGACGAUGGAGAUACUCAUGACAUCAGACGGCCAGGUCGGAAGCUGGUCUUAGGCGGUACAGGGCGAAAUCUUGCUUCCCAAGUAUCUGCUCCAAGUGGCGGUCGCCUUGGACGCGGUCGCGGGUUGGUUGGGCUGGGUGAAUUUUCUCCCUUGAAGCGAGACAAGAAACGGCUUUAGUCCAGCUUCACUGUCACAAGCUAGAGUGAACCCAAUUAAUUUAAUCUCACUGUUUCACCUCGGAACUAGUAGGCUUUUAUAUUGAAGAGAAGAGGGCAAGGCAAAGCGAAGAACCAGGUUGCGUGACAAAGAUUCAGAGGUCUUUUUUUCUUGGUUGCUCGAUAAGAUCCCUCUUGGUGGUAUCAGACCCCUAGUAAUUUGAAGUUAUAAGCCGGCCGCGCCUAUCUUCCCAUCA